GCUCGCCUGAGUCCCACUGCUCGCCGUCUCCCCCCGCUCGUUCCCCCUCCUUCUCCUCCUCUUCCUCCUCCUCUUCCUCCUCCUCCUCUUCUUCCUCUCGUCGUCGCCACCGUCGCCACCGUCGCCGUCACUUGGGGUGGCUUCUCCCACUUCGUUGCACAAAGCAGUCGUCUGGUCGAGAUUGUGAAGCGGCUGAGGUGGGGGGGACGGCCCCGCUCGCAUGGACGCCGCCGGGAUGUCUCGGGGCCGGGCGGCCCCGCACGGCCCGGCCGGCGCCAGGGGCCCCGCGCUGUGGCGGGAGCCGCACGGAGCUCCGCUGGCGCCGGUCGGCGCCGGCGAGGAAGAACCCACGGUCAUCGGAGUCGACGAGUAUGACACGAAGCCCAAGUCUGGAGGAGACUCGCCGAGGGACGAGGCCACGGACUCCUCGUGGAGCCCGGCGGAGGUGGAGGAGAGCGGUGACGGUGACGACCUUCUCGACGAUCACGAUCAGCUGCACCAGCAGCACCAGCAGCAGCAGCAGCAGCAGCCCGAGUGCCCCGAAUGCGGCAAGCUGUUCGCCAACGAGCGCACGCUGCAGCGCCACCGCCGCACGCACUCGGGCGAGCGGCCGUACGCGUGCGGCGACUGCGGCAAGAGCUUCCCGCUGCUGUCGACGCUGCGCGACCACCAGGCGACGCACACUGGCGAGUGGCCGCACGUGUGCGACGAGUGCGGCAAGGGCUUCGCGCGCGUCCAGAAGCUCCGCAAGCACCGCAUGACCCACACGGGCGAGCGUCCGCACGCGUGCCCCCACUGCGGCAAGGGCUUCGCGCAGCUGUCGAGCCUCAAGCGGCACGUGGGCACGCACGCCGGCGAGCGACCGCACGCGUGCGACGAGUGCGGGCGAGGCUUCGCGAGCGUUUCGAGCCUCAAGACGCACCGGCGCACUCACUCGGGGGAGCGCCCGCACGCCUGCGACGAGUGCGGGCGGGCGUUCUCGCAGGCGUCGACGCUCAAGGAGCACAGGCGGACGCACACGGGGGAGAGGCCCCACUCCUGCGACGACUGCGGCAAGGGCUUCUCCAGCGUCUCCAACCUCAAGAAGCACCGUCGCACCCACACGGGGGAGCGUCCGCACGCGUGCGGCGAGUGCGGCAAGCGCUUCUCGCAGACGUCGACUCUGCGCGAGCACCUGGAGAUGCACACGGGCGAGUGGUCGCACGUGUGCGACGAGUGCGGCAAGGGUUUCUCGCGGGUCACCAACCUCAAGAAGCACCGCAUGACGCACACGGGCGAGAGGCCGUACGUGUGCACGGCGUGCGAGAAGAUGUUCGCCAGCGUCACCGACCUCAAGAUCCACCAGCGCGUGCACACCGGGGAGCGCCCGCACGUGUGCAAGGAGUGCGGCAAGGGGUUUUCGCGAGUGCACGACCUCAAGCUGCACAGGGGCACGCACCGCGGGGAGAAGCCGUACGCGUGCAAAGUGUGCGGCACCGCCUUCCAGAACCGCUACUUCAUGAAGAGGCACCAGAAAGAGGAGCACGAAAUGAAGGAGACGGAGAAUUGAGCGGGCGGCGUGGGGGGAGGUUUAUACUUUAGCGUCUUUUUUCCUUUUCGUCUUAACUUUUACUCGUGUUGAAACGGUUCGGUCUGCGGGCCCCCCCCGCGCGCACGGACCGCCCGUUGUGUCCGUGGGCUCGCGGGCAAGGCCGUCGACGGCGUCUCGUGCUACGUUUGCGCGGCUGCGUUUCCUUUUUUUUAUUUCCCCGUCGUGAAAAGCGUCGGCCGCUCCGCACCCCGCGGAUUGCCGUUGACGCAGGGGAGGGAAUCGAUCCCGAAAGGACUGCGCCGAGGGCAUCGUCGCCUUCUGCCGACGUCACCCCGAGGAACGGGGAUCGGACUCGGGCUCGCUGUGAACCCGCCCCCCCCCACCGCCGCCGUCACCUCGCACGCCGCUGAGUUUGCGAUCUGGUUAAUUCGGUGGCAUUGUGGGGUGUUUCGUGUGCGUCGUGUGUGUGUGUGUGGUGUGUGUACGUGUGUGUGGAGUGUGUAGUGUGUGUGUGUGUGUGUGUGUGUAGUGUGCGUGUAGUAUGUGUGGUGUGUGUACGUGUAGUGUGUGUCUGUAUGUGGUACGUGUGUGUGUAGUGUGUAGGGGAGCGGUGGUGUAGCGGUUAGCACGCCGCGCUAUGAACCCGGCUACCCAGGUUCGAUUCCUGCUCUCAAGGCCAACACCGGUGACGAUUAUCCGAACCGUCUUUCACAGCUGCUGCUGCUGCGCGCUAACAGAACUUGCCAUUACAGUCUGUGACAGGCUACACGGGCGGGAGGUAGCGGCGGGGGAGGGGAUCUUUGUCUUUAUUUUCCCCGCGGCGACGUCGUCGUUGUCGUCGUCGUUGUUUUAGUUUCAUCGUGAACCGGACCGCCGCGUGGCCACAUUCCCACCCGAGUACCUCGCCCCGGACCCUCCACCCCGUCAACGCCACGCUCGUCUUCGCGAACACGCGGCCAGCGCCGAGUAGCCCCCCCCGCCCCCCCCCUCCCCCCCUCCCCCCCUCCCCGGCUACCCUCGUGAUGAUUUGUGCUCCUGGCAGAGGUCGCAAACGGGUUUUGAUUCCUUACCCGUACCCGGCUGCACCAGGGUCGCAAAUGGGUACCUGUACCCGCACCCGGCCGGGUUACGGGUACCCGUUCCCUACCCGUACCCUACCCGAAAUGAGUGACAAUCACGGUUACUCACCAGUGACUCACGGCCUACCCGUACCCGUACCCGGCCACACCAGGGUCGCAAACGGGUAGGGUACGGGUAUCGGGUACCCGGUUGCGACCUCUGCCCUGGGGUCAGAGAGCACCAAUAUGAAGCACUGAACAUGCCGUGCCACAAAACGUCUCGGUGUCAGAAGGAAGUGGGCGGGCCACGUGUGCCCUGGGGCAAGACAACAAUAAAACGACACAGACGGGUAUGGGGUAUGGGGUAGGGUACGGGUAUGGGGUAGGGUACGGGU